AAUAAAAUACAAAAAUGUUUUUAGUUUUAUAACAAAAAUUUUGCAUAUUUAAGAUAUUUUAAUCAAAGUCCAAAUUGCAGUUGCUCACAACGGACGCCCAGUAAGAGAGUAAGAGAGAGUCCCCCAAAAGCCGGAGAGCUCAACUGCACUGUGAGCGAGGGAAACAGCCGCCCAUCCCCCUAUCCCCCCUUAUAUUGCAUUUGAGCGAGAGCAGAACAUAGAGGAAAAAAACCGGCUGCCAGUUGGGGACUCGUGGGCGAAAGAGAACGAGAGAGGCAAGCCUGGAAACUAAACAACAAGAGCCAAACACUUACGCCAAGAUAAUGUCUUGUUUCAUUUGAUAUUCGCCAGCCGGCAGCAGCGGAACCCAAAAAAAAAAAAGGAAAACAAAUAAAACAGACGCCGCAGCUGCGGACACCAAAUUAGAAUACUAACGGCGACAAGUUAUCGCACAAUUAGUACGCGAGCGAGAAUUGAUACCGAGAUACGGGGACACCGGAAAUUUUCCCCCAAAAAAAUACGAAAAAUCAAAGUGCCGUCUCGAAGGAAGUAGAGCCUAGUCAUGUAUACGAAAAUCUUUCGCGCUGUGAUAAUCGGAGCUCCCGGCUCGGGUAAAGGAACCAUUUCGGAGCUAAUUGUUAAGACUUAUGGACUUAUGCACAUCUCAACGGGCGAUAUUCUGCGCCAGAACAUCAUGAAAAACACCGAACUGGGGAAGAAAGCAAAGGAGUACAUAGCGAAAGGUCAACUGGUGCCGGAUGAGAUCGUAACCAAGUCGAUGCUGGGGCGGAUAACCGAGGUGGGCAAUAAGUCGUACAUCCUUGAUGGAUUUCCGCGCAAUAUCGCCCAGGCAGAGGCGCUGUGUGCCCGCGAGCAGAUCGAUGCCGUGCUUACGCUAGACAUUCCACACGAUGUAAUCAUCGAUCGAGUCAAGAACCGCUGGAUUCACGCACCCUCAGGCAGGGUGUAUAACAUUGGAUUUCACGAUCCCAAGGUGCCUGGCAAGGACGAUGUAACGGGCGAAGCACUGACCCAACGUGAGGACGACAAACCAGAUGUGGUGGCCAAGCGGCUGAAGCUCUACGAUGAACUUAUGAGUCCUGUCAUAGCUUGGUACAAAGAGCAAGGACUGGUCACCACCUUCAUGGGACGAAGGACCAACGAUAUCUGGCCGCGUGUGGAACAAUUUCUUAGGGACCACAUUAAAGCGUAAAGGGACGAGCCAGAAUUUCAUCCAUUGUGCACAAACUAAUGAUAAACUGCUGUGUUCAAUUAAAUACACAACAUAAUAGAUAUAUAUAGAUUUGAGUACAUAUGUAAUAUGUAUGUUUUUGGGCCGGAUCGAAUGAGAAGGCGUUUAAUUAAUGUAAUUGCGAAGCCUUAUGAUGUGGCAGCUGUCAUGUAUUCCUUAUUUCCCCACUAAGCAUUCCCCUUCAUGAAAACCAAGCACCCCUCUUUUUUGUAUAAACAUAUUUUUGUACUAGUAGUCUGUGCUCUGAUAAUAAAUCGCGUUUGUUAUAUUUACGCUGAUAACGUAA